AUGAUCUCUGAGACUCUUCAGAAUCUGAAAGUGUUUUAUUCCCUUGCAGGAUCAAAACCAAAACCUAAACUCACAUCAGGUACUAAAGGAUCUGUACUCACAGGUAACACAUUGACUCUGAAGUGUCACAUUGAUCAUUUGUCUACUGGAUGGACAUUUUACUGGUACAAACACACACAAAACUUUGAGAGGACAACAACAGAAACAAACUCUUACACAAUCCACGGUGUUAGAGUUUCAGAUGGAGGUCAGUACUGGUGUAGAGCUGUAAGAGGAAAACCAGACUAUUUCACAGACUACAGUGAUGAACUGUGGAUAAAUGUUAAAGAGAGUCCUAAACCUGUAGUGAGUGUUGAUCCUGACACACAGCUGUUCAGAGGAGAAACUGUUACUCUGAGAUGUGGCAAACAGGAUAGUGGAGACACUGAGUGGACAUACAUCUGGACUGUAGAGAAGAGAAAUGACAUGAAUAUAAUCACACAAUGCAACACACAAGAGUGUAAAAUCAACAACAUUCAACGCACUGACAAUGGAAAAUACACCUGUAAAAGAAAGAGUGUUAAUAUACAAAAGACUGAGAUGAGUGAUGCUGUUACACUGACUGUAUCAUACGAUAAACCACAGACAGUUUUAAGUGUUUCUCCACAGCAGUGGUUGACUGAAGGAGAUUCAGUGACUCUGAUGUGUGAGGUUAGAAGUUCAUCUACAGGCUGGACAUUCAGCUGGUUCACUUUAAACUACAAAACAGUGAAUAAAGAUGAUUAUGAGCUGGUGUCAGUCAGCAGUGGAGGAUCUAAACGCAUCUACACAGUGAGAUCAGUUACUGUGAAGCACACAGGAGUUUAUAUGUGCAGAGCAGAGAGAGGAGAUCCAGUCUAUCACACAGAGGACAGUAACACACAAACACUGUGGAUCACUGGUGUUUCUCCUUCAGUCUCUCUGAUCAUCAGACCCAACAGAUCUCAACACUUCUCAUCUGAAUCUCUCUCUCUGAGCUGUGAGGAUCACAGUAACUCUACUGGAUGGACAGUGAGAAGAUACACAGAAGAUAAACUGAAACCUUGUUCAUCAUCAGACUCGAGAUCUACAGGAACAACAUCUACAUGUACAAUCAGAUUUCUCUACACAUCUGAUACUGGAGUGUACUGGUGUCAGUCUGAAACUGGAGAGAAACUUCAUCCUGUUAAUAUCUCAGUUCACAAUUUUGAUGUGAUUCUGGACAGUCCUGUUCAUCCUGUGACUGAAGGAGAUAAUCUGACUCUACGCUGUUUAUAUAGAGAUAAAAACCCCUCUGAUCUCACAGCUGAAUUUUAUAAAGAUGGAUCAGUGGUGCAGAAUCAGACUACAGGAGACAUGAGGAUCAUCCCUACAGUCUCAAAGUCACAUGAGGGUUUCUACUACUGUAAACACCCAGAGAGAGGAGAGUCUCCAAAGAGCUGGAUCUCAGUCAGAGCCAGAGCUUCUCAGGUGAAGAUGUUUGGUUUCAACAUGAAAACUUUUCCAUGGGUAGUUUGUCCAUAUGUGUUAGUGACAGUCGUGCUGGUUUUCAAAUGCUGUAAACUAAGAGGUAAAACAUCUGUCUGA